AUGGCAGUGGACAUCCCACCACUCGAUGAUCAGAUGGACAUCGACGAGCCUUUUGAGCUUGAAGUGGUGGGAUGUUCACUAGCCCCAAGUGACGACAGCUGCCUCCCGGAGGGCAUGGAGAUUUGUCCGCCUUCCCCUGCUCUUUCUUCCCGUGUUCUGCGGUUCGAGGAAGCCCCUGUGGACCGCUGUGUCCUUCCAGAGGGAAUGGACGUCUGUCCGACUUCGCCGGCUCGUUCUUCUGGUUUUCUGCCUUUGGCGGGAUCUGAUACCCCUUCCGUUCAUUUUGUUGGCCCUUCUGCCACAUUGGCAGCCCCUCCCGCUCCUUCUGCCUUUAUGGCUACCCAUUCCGCUCCUUCCGCCACCACUUUGGCAACCCCUUCCGCUCCUUAUGUUUCGGUAGCCAGAGCAGCUGCCAUGUAUACUGCUGAGCAGUACCGAUGUCCCGCGAGUCCCCCAUCGCGGGACGACACUCCUCCCAAGGCUUCGCGCGAUGGGACCCCACUGGGUAAUGAGAAUCAGCUCAGCCCAGUGAACGGUCCUGUCGCGCCUCCGGAAGAUGUUGAAGACGUAAAUCGACCGGAUGGUCCAGAGUUCUGGCUGGUUCCAGGACCUGGACGAAGUCUGCUCUCAGUUGACAGACGCAUUCGCUGA